UUCAACAAACGUGCAUUGGACCCUCUGGAUAUACAGAAAUUAUAGCCAGUCCCUACCUUCAGGGGCUCACUGUCAAAAGUUGCCUUUGACAAUGUCAGUCUGAUAGGGGAGAUGAACUAGAAAAAUCCUUAGUCCCAACUCAACAUGAAAAACAUUAUGGCAGAAAGAAGGAAGCAGAAAGGCUGUGAGAACGUAAGGGAGGAGGCUCCAUUGCCCAAGGAGAGGAGCUUGAAAGGCUUCUUGGAAAGUGGGUCCAUUCUCUCCACAGUGUCACAGACUCGUGACAGACUUCUAGGUCCUCUGCUAAUUAAUGCCUUCCGCCUUCCCAGAUGAUGUCUCGAGAAGGGCUCUGAACAUUGGAUCAUCGAUUUAUGUUGCUAACCCACAAGCUGAUGGGUGGUGGGGCACUCUGCCCUUCUCUGAUUUAUUGUCCAUGACUCAGCCGUACCCAAGACAAUAAAAUCCGAGGGAAGACCAACCUUUCCCGGCACAUCAGUAUGCUGCCGGAUCGUUCCUCUUCCCUCUCAGGAUACAUUAAACUCUUGUUCCUGGCCUUACCUGUCCUUGUGCUCCUGGCUUAGGCUUCCCCAGAUGGAUGGGUCAAAAGGUGCAGUUGUAGAAUUGGCAGAUGCAGGCAAUCUUGCAAAGAAAAUGAGAAGAAGAAAGAAAAAUGUGGGCCAAAAAGAAUUUGCUGCUUCCCUGAUGGAAAGCACAUAUCCUUAAACCCUUAUGAGAAACAACAGAUAAGAUGUCAGUUUAAGGCAAGAACAACUCAACAUCCACCAACUCCUGACGUAAGACUUUUAACAGCCAGCAUAAUGAGUCAGUAAAGGACCUACAUGGUCCCUAGCUCCUUAGACACCUGCUGGGUCUUCACAUAAUCCAUUAAAGAAAAUAUGCUUAUUCCAACUCUCUUUCCGUCCUGCCUCUCUAGUCCUCUGUAGCCUGAUAUCUCUAGGUUGUCCCAGGGUUUGACUGAUAUUACUGGUUCUCACUGUAAGACAGUUUUAUAGGAUCUAGAUUCUGAAUUCCUAAGCCUCUGACCAGGCGCUGCUAGGUCCCUCAACAUGGAAGUUUUCCAGGCUAACGCAGCUUCCAUCUUAGCCACACAUUCUUAUCUAACGCCUCAUCCUAGACUCUUGAGGUAGGUCAGUGUGUUUGGUCCAGAGGUCUUCUUUUGCCUCUUUAGCUCAAGGUUUAGCCCAAGAUUCUGCCUCUUGGGCUUACUCUUGGAAUUUAUCCCUUACCCCAGUUCCCUAAUCGCAUUUGGCUUUCCAAAGAUUGGCGUGCCCUCUGACUGGGAAACAACCAUUGCCACCGUACCCAAAUGAAAGGGGAAAAUAGUAAAACAAAACAAAACACACACACACACAAACAACCAGUACCCCCAAUCCAA